AAAACUUCUUUUUCCAAAAUUCUUUCUCUCGUCACGUGGAAAUAAUGUAUAAUAGAAAAUAUGCAUUAUGUCCUCAAUCUAGGUUUGAUAAAAAAUGGCUGAGAAUAGAUCCUCAAUUUAUAAUACAUUCAGAAGAGCACUUGAAUAGCCUGUGGAAUACUUUGAUAAGCGAUGGAGAACUUGUUGGACCGUUUAGUGAAGGCACUGUUAAUGCCAAUGGGGGCUUGGCAAAGCUUUCGGAGAGUGGGAAACAUUACUGCGGAAUGAUGGUAUUAAAUUGUUUAUGCUGCGAUGGAAUUUGUGGACCUAACAAAGGUUGUAACUGCUCAGCUUGCAAAGCAUUAGAUGAAGAAAUAUCUGUUAUUAAAGGACAAAAUGAGUACAUACCGUCUGAACAGUACAUGGACACUUGGCUAUGGGGACCACCACCUUCAACCGAACAGAAACAAGAUUGCAUCAAAUCCAUUCUACACGAACUGGAUACGAUCUCACAGAAUGCUGCAGGAACUUGUUUGUCUUCUAUUCGCAUCACACAAAGGGUCACCAUCAUGCAGAGGUACAUGGCGGCUGUUUGCAGGAAUCUUUUCAAUUACGAUAAUAAAUAUGGUGCUGAUGCUGUUAAAAGUGUGGAUUCUGCUAGUGUCUUCAAUAGUCAUAAGGAUGUAGUCAAACAAAUAAAUUCUGCAAAAGAUGCUACGAACCAUGAAAAAGUUCUGACCGAUUUGGCUCGUGUCGGUUCAAGAGCAGCCCUGAGCUUUUCUUUUGCUUUUUUGAGGCGAGCUUGGAGAUCAGGCGAGGACACAGACAUUUGCACCGAACUGUUAUCAGAAGCCCUAGACUCCUUACAAAGUUUACCAAUGGCCUGUUUGUUCAAACAUAAUACUAUAUCGCCGAUUUGGCUAGAAAUAUUGGAUCGAUCUCAUAAAUUCUUGAAACAAAUUGUUUUGGGUGAUGGUCAGUGUGGUAUACCAAAGGCUGAUCAGAAUAUAUCGCUAUGUCUGCUGUUUGAGUUGUGUGCACAGCGAGGAGUCUUAUCAAGUUUAUUGGAAUGUGUUUCAUUAUUGUUGGCACUGUGGAAUAAAGAAUGCUCAGAAGACAACAGGUCAUCAUCCCAGCUCUCUUCAGCACCUCUAGUAUCAAUCCUGCAACGAAUAGAAGCCCUAGAACCCGAAGACGACAUCUGCAACCUGCAACAGCAUCACAAAAACCCAAAAACCUCCAACAUCAAUCUAAAACAAAACGAAAACUACCAAAACCUGAACAUCACCACUUCACCUACACAAUGCUUUCUGAGAUUCCUGUCUUUACCGAACGAUGCAUCAAUCAACAUGGAUUUGAAACAAUCGGCAGUCAUAGUCAUGUGCCAUCUCGAUAGACUGACUUUGAGCUACACCGAUAUGAUAAAGAACAAUUGUGAGGAGAAUCCUGUUUACCAGCAAAGAAUUGAACACCAGGGCAUGCUGCCGUGGCAGGAUAAAAAUUUGAUCAGGAUGAGUGAGUUGGGUGUUAAGAAAAUAGUUUGCGGGCAGAAGAAAAUGUUACUGUUGAGUAAUAAGGGGAAGCUGUAUAUGCUGGACUAUAGCGCUGGGGCUGAACCGCAAAUCGUACAAGGUAGGUGGAAGGGUAAUGACUACAUCAUCGUGCCUUAA